AAACAGCCAGACAGAAUGCUCAAGCUGCUGGUGGCCCUUCUGCUCGUGGCCCUUGCCGCAGGCUGCGGCAAGCCUGCCUACAACCCUGCUACCCGGGUGGUGAAUGGAGAUGAUGCCGUACCUUACAGCUGGCCCUGGCAGAUCUCCCUCCAGUACGAGAGCGCCGGCGCCUUCCACCACACCUGCGGAGGCAGCCUCAUUGCCCCCGACUGGGUCAUGACUGCCGCCCACUGCAUUAACAAACAACGCACUUAUCAGGUGGUUCUGGGAGAGUAUGACCGGGCUGCAGAGGAAGGGGAAGAGCAAAUAAUUCCUGUCAACCCCGAAGGCCUCUUUGUACAUGAGAAAUGGAACCCCACCUGUGUGUCCUGUGGGAAUGAUAUCGCUCUCAUCAAGCUUUCUCGGAGCGCCCAGCUUAAUGACAAAGUCCAGCUAGGCUGCAUCCCCCCCGCUGGUACCAUCCUGCCCAACGAAGCCCCCUGCUACAUCAGCGGCUGGGGCCGCCUCUACACUAAUGGACCCCUCCCCGACAAGCUGCAGCAGGCCCUGCUCCCCGUGGUGGACCAUGAGCACUGCAGUAAGUGGGACUGGUGGGGCAUCUCCUUGAAAACCACCAUGGUGUGUGCUGGAGGAGACAUUCGCUCAGGCUGCAAUGGUGACUCUGGAGGACCUCUUAACUGCCAGGCUGAUGAUGGCAGAUGGCAAGUCCAUGGUAUUGCCAGCUUUGUUUCUGCUCUGGGCUGUAACACCCCAAAGAAGCCCACUGUAUUCACCCGGGUCUCAGCUUUCAACGACUGGAUUGAAAAGAUAAUGGCAGAAAAUUAAGAAGGACCCAGCUGACUGGAGAGAGACCUUCUAACAGCAGAAAUAAAAACACCAUGGAAACGUGA